ACCCUCCCGGCGCAGGUCCCGUGGGUUCCCUGUUUCCGCUGACGUCAGCGACCUGAAGCCGGAAGUACACGGACGGGUCCCAGGGCAGCGGCCGGUGACGGGCGGGAGAACGAACGGACGGGUUCGGAAUCUGGCUGGACAAUAUGCAUUUUGUAUCUCUGGGUGUGCUCCUUGCCCUACCUGCUCUCUGCUCAUGUUUGGACAAUGGUUUAGUCAGGACUCCGCCAAUGGGCUGGAUGACAUGGGAGCGCUACAGGUGUAACAUUGACUGCAAAAUUGACCCAGAGAAUUGUAUUAGUGAACAUUUGAUCAAGAGCAUGGCAGAUAAAAUGGCUGACAGUGGCUGGCGGGAACUUGGUUAUGUUUACAUCAGCAUUGAUGACUGCUGGUCUCUCAAGGAAAGAGAUGCUCAAGGCCGACUCCAGCCUGAUCCAGACAGGUUUCCUAGUGGUAUUAAAGCACUUGCUGACUAUCUUCAUGCCAGAGGCCUGAAAUUGGGAAUAUAUGGUGACUUGGGUAACUACACGUGUGGCGGCUAUCCUGGGACCACCCUGGACACUAUUAAGAUUGAUGCCGAGACAUUUGCGUCAUGGGAAGUGGACAUGUUAAAAUUUGAUGGCUGCUACUCAAACUCCUCAGAUAAAGCUUUAGGUUAUCCUAAAAUGAGUGCAGCUUUGAAUGCAACGGGGAGGCCGAUAUUGUAUUCCUGUAGCUGGCCUGCAUAUGAAGGUGGCCUUCCUCCUCAGGUGAACUACACUUUGCUGGGCAGCAUCUGUAACAUGUGGAGGAACUAUGGUGACAUCCAGGAUUCCUGGGAGAGUGUGCUUAAUAUCAUAGAGUGGUUUGCCCUGAAUCAGGAUGUACUACAGCCUGCUGCUGGCCCGGGCAGAUGGAACGAUCCUGACAUGCUGAUAACUGGGGACUUUGGCUUGAGCUAUGAACAAUCUAAGUCCCAGUUGGCCAUUUGGGCAAUCAUGGCAGCACCACUGAUAAUGUCCAAUGACUUGAGGACCAUCUCACAAGAUACCAAGCAACUCCUGCAAAAUCGCCUUCUAAUAUACAUUAACCAGGACUCUCUGGGAAUACAGGGGAAGAGAAUUGGAAAGGUUGACUCUCUAGAGGUGUGGGUGAGAGAGCUGGUGAACGAACAGUAUGCCGUGGCAGUGCUAAAUAAAGGAACAGAUGGAUUGCCAAAGCGCUUCACCACAAGCCUUGCCAACCUCAAUAUCACAAAGUGCUCUUUCGGCUAUAAACUCUAUGAUGUGUUUGAGGAAUCGUAUUUGGAGACUGUUAAACCAAAAGCCCCAGUUUAUAUGCAAAUCGCACCUACAGGUGUCAUCUUGUUGUUUGUUCAACCAAUUUCUAUGCAGCAUCGUCCUUUGUGAUGAGCAUUACAAAUAGCCGUGAAUAGCUGGAACUGGGUACAUAACAGGUUAAUGUGGUGAUUUGAUGGGAGGUACGAUGGCACUGUAAGGGAGUGGUCCCAUGCACUGUGUAAAAAUGCAUUUAUGAUUAUGUUUUAAAUAUAACCUGUAAUGGCGUUUGGCUGAUCUGUUUGACAGAUUUUUUUAUGAACAAUUAUUUUGUUUUAUUAGAACAGAAAUAUUCUGCAUAACUGUGUGAGCGGCACAGCUGCAGGUUUUAGUGAUUGAUUUGAAGAAACAAAAAAAUGCUAAUUAUAUGGCUUCCGUUAACUUUGCAUGAAAUCUGCAAGUUUUCGGCCGCUAAAUGUAGUUUUUAGAGAUCAGAAAGCAGAUUUAGGCACUGCUGUCUGUAUUGUACAGUAUAUGGAUCAGGUGUCUGAGAAGCGUGAUUUUUCUGAUUGGAGACAGAGAGUUACAAUCAUCACACCGCACAGAGAUACUGUAUUGAGUCUGCGACUACUGGACACUCCACAGGGAUGUUUCUGCCCAUGUUUACAAAGUAAUGAUUGUAUAAUAUUCACUAUAGGAGUUCAAUAUAUUUUAUAAAUGUACAAAUGAUUCAAACAUUGUAUAUGUGAUUUAAAUGGGGAAUUUUCAGGCAUUACCGAUAAAUGUUUUACUGUUCGCUUCUGUGUACUGAGCAUUUUGAACCAUUGGAACUAUUGCACAUCAAAUAAAGAGAACAUAAACAGG